AUGGAUGUUGUUGAGGAUGAGCUGACUUUAAGCCCAGAUACGCUUCAUAUGACUCCAGGAGUAAAGGCCGAAUUCACAUUUCUACCCAUGCAACCACUCCGUUGCCCAGUCCUCAUUCGAAAAUCCAUGUCACUCUCUCAGCGAUACGAGCUUCCUAAAUGGUUCAUCUCAGGGAUCGGCAGUGGUUUGAUUGACCACUGUCAGGCUGGAAUGGUGGCAGUCAUUGAUACAGCAUACGUUACCCCACAAUGA